ACAUGCUUGGCUGCCUAUGCCCAGGAACCUCCUUCUCCGACCGAUUGGAUACCUCGAUCGUCGGCUUUCAUUUGCAAAAUUCCAGAGCAAUAUCCUGCGCAGUCACUUGAGCAAGUUCAAUGGAGAAGAUGGAACAGAAUGAAUUUGCCAGCCCACUUUGCAUUGAAAACAGUGGCUCGCUCAUGCGGAGUCAAAGGGCUCUCGGUGAAGGAGAAUUCGGAACCGUUGACGAAGUGUUCCUACCGACCAAACCAGAACCUUUGAUAUGUGUGCGAAAGCGUGUAGCAAAACCGAAGCAAUGGAAUACUCACAGGAGAGUCAUGGAGGCUUUCAUCCGAGAAGUAUCGGUCAUGGCAAAGUUGAUCACAUCCAUUGUGUCCGUCUUAUUGGCAGCUACACAGAUCGCGGGGUUCUGGGUAUCCUCCUACAACCUUUGUCGGACAUGUAUCUGGCUGUCUUACUUGAAGCGGAGGAGACAUCAGAAGAAUGGGACUGUCUACUCGAGCAAAGUAUAGGUUGUGUUUGUGCAGCUCUGGCGUACCUCCAUGUAAAACAGAUCCGAUCAGUUAAGUCUUACAGACCAAGUGCAGUAUGUUCUGCGUACUCAUCAAGUUCUAGGCACGAAGACCUCAAACCUCAAUAUCUUGAUACGAGGUACUGACAUUUUACUGACCGACUUUG